AUGUCAAAAAAAGGGCGCAGCAAGGCUGAAAAGCCUGAGGCACUAAUUAUGUCCUUACAAGCUGCCAAUGAAGAUCUCAGGACCAAACUAACAGACAUUCAAAUUGAGCUUCAUCAGGAGAAAUCUAAGGUAAAUAGACUUGAAAGGGAGAAAACCCAAGAAACGAAGCGGAUCCGGGAGCUGGAGCAGCGUAAGCAGACAGUGCAGAUCACUGAACUGAAAGCUAAGCUCCAUGAGGAGAAGAUGAAGGAGUUGCAAGCUGUGCGGGAAAAUCUUAUCAAACAGCAUGAGCAGGAAAUGUCACGGACAAUGAAAAUUAGAGACAGUGAAAUCCAGCGGCUUAAAUCAGCACUGUAUGCAUUGCGGGAAGGGAGCAGUGACAAAGUACGGACAGCACUGACUAUUGAGGCUCGUGAAGAGGCCAGAAAACAAUUUGACACUGAGCGCCUUAAGCUUUUGCAGGAAAUCACCGAACUAAAGUCAGCCAAAAAACAGGUUGAUGAAGCUCUUAACAACAUGAUCCAGGCUGAUAAGAUCAAAGCUGGUGAUCUUCGAAGUGAGCACCAAUCCCAUCAGGAAGCUAUCUCUAAGAUCAAAUGGGAGAGUGAAAGGGAUAUUCGCAGGCUGAUGGAUGAGAUCAAAGCAAAAGACAGAAUCAUCUUUUCCUUGGAGAAAGAGCUAGAGACACAGACUGGAUACCUUCAGAAGCUCCAGUUGCAGAAAGAGGCUUUGGAUGAGCAACUCUUCUUAGUAAAGGAGGCUGAAUGUAACAUGAGCAGUCCCAAGAGAGAGAUCCCAGGCAGAGCAGGAGAUGGCUCUGAACACUGCAGCAGUCCUGAUUUACGCAGAAACCAGAAGAGGAUGGCAGAGCUCAAUGCUACUAUAAGGAAACUUGAGGAUAGGAACACACUGCUUGUAGAUGAGCGGAAUGAACUGCUGAAACGUGUUCGGGAAGCUGAAAAACAAUGCAAACCUCUCCUGGAAAGAAAUAAGUGCCUCUCCAAGAGAAAUGAUGAACUCUUGCAGUCAUUGCAGCGCAUGGAGGACAAACUCAAAGCAAUCACUAAGGAAAAUUUAGAAAUGAAAGAAAAAAUGACAACACACCCUCCUUUGAAGAAAUUAAAAUCUCUCAAUGACCUGGAUCAAGCUAAUGAAGAACAAGAAACUGAAUUUUUGAAACUUCAGGUUAUAGAACAACAGAACAUAAUUGAUGAGUUGACACGGGACAGAGAGAAACUUAUUCGGCGCAGGAAGCAUAAAAGAAAGCUAAUUAAGAGGCAUAUAUUGGACACAGUGUAUGGGGGUGAAGAUGACUCCAUGGACUCUGAAACUUCAUCCAUGGCUUCCUUCAGGACAGACAGAACACCAGCAACUCCAGAUGAAGACCUGGAUGAAAGCUUAGCAGCUGAAGAAUCAGAGCUCCGAUUUCGACAAUUAACAAAGGAGUACCAGGCCUUGCAGAGAGCAUACGCAUUACUGCAGGAACAAACAGGAGGGAUCAUAGAUGCUGAACGAGAAGCCAAGGCACAAGAACAGCUCCAAGCUGAAGUCCAGAGGUAUAAAGCGAAAAUAGAAGAUCUGGAAAAAACACUGGCCCAGAAAGGACAGGACUCCCACUGGGUAGAAGAUAAGCAACUUUUUAUUAAGAGGAAUCAGGAGCUUUUGGAUAAGAUAGAAAAACUGGAAGCAGACAACAGUCGAUUGCAACAAGAGCUACAAGAUGCCAGAGAUCAGAAUGAGCUGUUAGAAUUCCGAAAUCUAGAACUUGAAGAGAGAGAAAGAAGGUCUCCACCAUUUAAUCUCCAAAUCCACCCAUUCUCUGACGGCGUAAGCGCUCUGCAGAUUUACUGCAUGAAAGAAGGUGUCAAGGAUGUUAGUAUUCCAGACCUCAUAAAGCAGUUAGACAUCUUGGGAGACAAUGGAAAUUUAAGAAAUGAAGAGCAGGUGGCCAUAAUUCAAGCAAGCACUGUAUUAUCCCUGGCAGAAAAGUGGAUACAGCAGAUUGAAGGGGCUGAAGCAGCUCUGCACCAAAAGAUGAUGGAACUGGAGAGUGACAUGGAGCAAUUCUGUAAAAUAAAAGGUUAUCUAGAGGAAGAACUGGACUACAGGAAACAAGCUCUUGAUCAAGCCUACAUGAGAAUCCAGGAGCUUGAAGCUACAUUGUACAAUGCUUUGCAGCAAGAAACGGUGAUAAAGUUUGGAGAACUGCUGAGUGAGAAACAACAGGAAGAGCUGAGGACUGCUGUAGAAAAAUUAAGAAGACAGAUGCUGAGAAAAAGCAGAGAAUAUGACUGCCAAAUCCUACAGGAGAGGAUGGAAUUACUUCAGCAGGCACAUCAGAGGAUCCGAGAUUUAGAAGAUAAAACUGACAUCCAGAAGAGACAGAUCAAGGAUUUAGAAGAAAAGUUUCUCUUUCUCUUCUUGUUCUUCUCUCUUGCCUUUAUUCUUUGGCCUUGAUUGUGCC